AUGGCGGGGCCCGGCGCCCCCAGCGUGCCCGUCGCCCUCUGGAAACGCCACAUAGUGCGGCAGCUUCGGCAGCGGGACCGCACGCAAAAGACACUCUUCGUGGAGCUGGUGCCGGCCUAUAACCGUCUCCUAGAGAAGGCUGAGUUGCUGGGCUGGAUCUCGGAGAAGCUGCAGCUAGAGCCAAAUGAUGUCACUCCUGCUACCCUCCAGGGCCCCUGGUGAGAAUCGGGGCCUGACUCAGACCAAGUCCCACCACCAACCACCCUGAGGGUGAAGUGGCAAAAGGAGGAGGAAGGGCUCCGGCAGGACUGCGGUAAGAUGGCCUACCAGGUGGUGGAAAAGAGCGCGGCCCUGGGGGCCCUGGAGGCGACGCUGGAGGAGCAGCAAAGCAGGCUGGCAGCUCUGGAGGCCUGCGCGGCGGAGCUGCAGGAGGCGAGGGCGCAGCAGACCCGGCAAGUGGACGCACAGCGGGCGCUGAACGUGGCGCAGCGGGCGGCCUACGAGGCGCUGCGCGCGCAGGCCAGGCUCCGGGAGGCGGCCCUGCGCAGGCUGGAGGAGGAAGCGCGCGACCUGCUGGAGCGGCUCGUGCAGUGCAAGGCGCGCGCCGCCGCCGAGCGCAACCUGCGCCUCGAGCGCCACGAGAAGGCCAAGCAGGCGCGGAUGUCCUUGGAGCUAAAGAAGGCUGCCAAGCGGAUAGUGAGCAUCAGCGAGAGCCCAAACACCAUAGGCGACGGGAUCAGAGAGGAGGCUGAGACUCUGGCCCUGCCUGCUGAGCUCCUAUCCCUGAAGAGUGGGGCUGGUGAGAAGUGGAAGAGGCCCUUCAGAUCUGCCUCUGCCACCUCCUUGACACUCUCCCGCUGUGUGGAUGUGGUGAAGGAGCUUCUGGAUUUCAAGAAGAGGAGAGGCCACUCCAUUGGGGGAGCUCCUGAGCCGCGAUACCAGAGCAUCCCUGUGUGUGUGGCUGCCCAACCUCCUACCCAGGUUCAGGAUGUGCUGGAUGCCCACCUUUCCGAGGUCAAUGCUGUUUGUUUUGGCCCCAGUAGCAGCCUCCUGGCCACCGGAGGGGCUGACCGCCUCAUCCACCUCUGGAAUGUUGUGGGAGAUCGUCUGGAGGCCAACCAAACCCUCGAAGGAGCUGGUGGCAGCAUCACCAGUGUGGACUUCGACCCUUCGGGCUCACAGGUAUUAGCAGCUACUUACAGUCAGGCUGCCCAGCUCUGGAAGGUGGGGGAGGUACAGUCCAAGGAGACACUGUCUGGACACACAGACAAGGUGACGGCUGCCAAGUUCAAGCUAACAAGGCACCAGGCGGUGACUGGGAGCCGAGACCGGACGGUGAAGGAGUGGGACCUCGGCCGCGCCUACUGCUCCAGGACCAUCAAUGUCCUUUCCUACUGUAAUGAUGUGGUGUGUGGGGAUCAUGUCAUCAUCAGUGGCCACAAUGACCAGAAGAUCCGGUUCUGGGACAGCAGGGUCCCCUGCUGCACCCAGGUCAUCCCCGUGCAGGGCCGGGUCACCUCCCUGAAUCUCAGCCAAGACCAGCUGCAUCUGCUCAGCUGUUCCCGAGAUGACACACUCAAGGUCAUUGACCUUCGUGUCAACAAUAUCCGCCAGGCGUUCAGGUCUGAUGGCUUCAGGUGCGGUUCUGACUGGACCAAAGCCGUGUUCAGCCCGGACAGAAGCUAUGUCCUGGCAGGUUCCUGGGACGGAGCCCUUUACAUCUGGGAUGUAGACACUGGCAAGCUGGAGGGUAGUCUGCGGGGACCCCACUGCGCUGCCAUCAACGCCGUGGCCUGGUGCUCCUCGGGGAGCCAUGUGGUGAGCGUGGACCAGGCCAGGAAGGUUGUGCUCUGGCACUAGCCAUGACUUCUCCUGCCAGGGCUGGAGCUCGAGUCUGAAGCCCAAAGCCAGAAGACAGCUUCCCACUGCUCACAGGGCUCCGGAGCAAGUGGGGCUGGAGGUGGGAUGGG